GCCGCUCAGCGCGUCCUCGGCUCUUCUCGUACAGGCAGCGACAGAUGUUCCCAGCCCAGGUGGCCUGCCUCUCCCCCUUCUGGAGACCCUCUGCUGUGACGAGUACGUCGUGGCGGCGUUAUUGAGCGUAUCGCGUCCCCGCCUUCGCGUCGUGGAGGGCUUCCAUUUUGGCACCUCGCCCAGCAUGGACGAUCGACUUCUGAGCUCCUUCCACCUCAAUCGUCAGAUCACGGUGCUUGGAGUCCGGCAUACACCCUCAGGCGAGAUUGGUCGCCGGGCGCGAGCGAGGCUCUUCCAGGCUUUGCCGAACGUGCGACAUCUUCACCUCACGGAAUAUUGGCCUUCUGGUCGCUCGGGCAUCAAUACGGAAGACUUUGCGAAUCUCAAGAAGCUGGAGCGUCUCGAAGGAUUUCGCUUGGAUCUGUCAGAAGUCGUCAUGGCGCCCGCUAUAGAUGCGAAUGGAGUCCGAAGACAGACCGUGGGAGACGCAACGAAGUGGUGCAUCGGAAGGCUCGCUUGCGCGUGCCCACGUCUCCGUCUUGUGCAGGAAUCGCGUAAUUGGUACUUGAUCACUCGAGUGGAGGGAUCCGAUGCUGUGCGAUCCAUCGUCGAUACUCCAGCUAGUCAGGUUCUCAGCUGGAGAGCCUCCUUACCUGCGUCAAGGGAAACGGUCGAGGAGACCCCGUAAUGCCCUGCCAUGAUCAUAUAACGCGCACAGCACGCGUUUCGUGAUUGCAGACCUUCGCAGCCACGCAUCAGGAAGUCGGGCGCGGGGGCAAAGCAUGCAGCGACAGCAAACGGCAAAUCCUGCGGCUUGCGAGACCGCAACACAGCCUUGCAUAGCAUCUCCACUCGAUCGCGCCGAAUGUGCUGCCGUAGCGGCUGAGACAGGAG